AUGAAUCGUGCGGUUGGGCCGCCGUUGCGCCUUAUCUGUGGUUUCUACCCCUUAAAAUCAGCCUCUUCCGGGCCUGUCCUCGAGGGCCAGGGGCAGGGCUGGGUCCCCUCAGCGCGGAUCCUCUGUCAGGAACCCCACACCCUUCCAGUUCAGUUCAGGCGGCGCUUUAUUGGGUUUCUUCGAACCCCGCGAGGCCCCAGUGCCUCCCACCCCCCGCAACCGCUGCCCUCCCUGCUCCACGCGGUCUCACCGGCUCGUAGUAACGUCCCGGGUCAGUCCGAGCUCCGGGGUCCCCCGACAGGGAAGGACAGGGACCAUGAAGUUAAAGCCGGCCUCCUCCGGAACCGUUACCUCCCAUCGCCCGUGAAGUCCUCUCUCUCUGUUUCCCUUGUGGACCGGUCCCUCUCCCGUUCCGCCUACCCCGACCCCGCCGAGCCCGCCGAGCCCGCCAACCUCUUGCGACGCCGCCGCGCCGAGCGCCGGGAGUUCGAGCCGCGCAGUCACUCCUUUCCACUCUUAUUUCUUCCUCUUCUUUCCUACUUUAGGAAAUAUCAUUCCUUAAUUCAGAAUCAGGCUAGAGAGUUGACCAGCCUACGGCAGAAGAUGAGGAUUGGGAGAGCUGUCUCAUCCCUUCUCAUCCAGCACGUCAAGAACACAGUAACGGCCUUUGAGGAGCUUCACUGCCCACAUCAGCCCUGCUGGGACGCCAGCCCUGCCACUCCUGCUGAUUCAGCUACAUUGCCUAGCAACCUUUCAGGAGCCAGAUCUGCCCAGCCCUCCUGUCCUCUGAGUGGCACCACACCACAUCACAGCACUCUGCCCAACAGGACACUGGAACCUGGACAGCAUGGCAGCAGUGGCCCAUGGGAUGAGAUGAGGCCUCAGAAAAUGAACACAUCUGGGGACCUAUGGACCUUCUCCUCUUUGUACAGGCCCAACUCCAAACCCUCAGGGUCCGACUUGCUGGAGAAGAAUCUUGUUGACAUCCAAAGCCUGCGCCAGCGCUUGGAGAAAUCUGUCUUUAUCAAUGACCGCCUGCAGGAGAGGCUGGAACACGUGCUCAGUAGUGCUGACCAAGGAAAAGGUCCUGCACAGUCAGCCCCAGAUGUCUUCUUUGCAACCCCUCAUUCAUACACUCAGAGUCACUCUUCUGACUCUGAUCAAGAAUUCCUGUAACAUGAUGCCUGGAACCCAGAUAGCAUUUUCGGGUGUGCAACAU